AUGCUCGAGGCUCUCGGACUCUGGUCCCUUCUCAUCACUCUGCUCCUGACCGUCGCCGCUGCAUCACCACUACGGCAGACUGAACCCAUCUCCCCGUCGAAGCCAUACCUCGUUACACGUUCGCCAGUCAGUGCCGCUGCUUUCCAAGAUGACUGGCCCACCAACGUGGUGAUGGUUGGUGGUGCAGAGACCUAUGGAAUGUGGGUUCCUCAGGACGGCGACUGGCACGACACCUCAGAUUUCUCUUGCCUCGAUGUACCAGCAUACAACAUCGUCAACUGCGCAGCCGUCACAAUUGACAACAUCGGCGUAGUCAGCGGCUACGGUCCAUGCACACUCAAAGGCUCUACAGGAUGGCAAGCCACCCUCUCCGGCGCCUCCGGGUCCGGCUACACCACCGUUGGCCCACCACAGACAAUCGUUCAGGUACAAUGUGCAGCCGACGAUUGA